CAGAAAAAGCAGCACAGCAGAGAGAAGAGAGGCGGAGGAAGAGCAGAAGCGUCAGUGUCUCUCUUGCUCCCCGCAGGUUCUGUGGCUGCAUGCUUUUUACCAGUCAAAUUUCCAUCCUGAAGGGACUAACUAACAAGCAUCCUUGAAUGAUGGACUAUUAUCCUAAACUUCAGCAAAUCAGAGUUAUCAACUGUGGGCUCUACGCUACCUUCGGGGACUGAGAUUACAAAGCCCUACAGGGAAGGAAAGCACUUCUGCAGACCCAAGGAUGGCCGGGGAAUGGUCUUUAUCUAGAGGAUCAGAGAUGAAAUGUAAAGGCAAGGGAAGGUGAUGGCAAUAAUGGGACAUGGCAUCAUUCUCAAUUCCUCUGUGGCAGUCUGUGAAGGAUAGAGGAGUAUGAAGGCUGUGAAUAUCCAAGAGUCAAGCGAUCAGUCUCUCUGAGUGGUCUCCGAAGACCAUAUGACCUAUAUCCGGGUCUCUGACCUUUGAGUCCAGAGGUACAACCACACAACCUUGUUUAUAUUUCUCUUGAAACCUCUCAUCCAUUCUGUCAUCUAUACUUUCUACCUCCACUGUUGUCUGAAAUAUGAAAUUACAAAACUUAUGGCAUAAAGUACUGUGGGCCAUAUCAGGACGAGUGUAAAAGACGUACAAUACCUGAAACGUGGAGAGAAGUGGAGACAGGAGGAUUGUACUGACACUGGCAUCAUUUUCAAGAGGGAAUGAGACUGGAGGCAACAGUCCAAGCACAACGGACAAUGAUGAGACACAGCCAUGCAUGAAAGAAAGCAUUGAUCUCAGUGCACUGCACUGAUGUUGCAAACCACAUGCCCCCCAACGAGUGGCGGGUGGUUGUUGCUCUCUGUGUUUCACAAACAGACUUUUCCCUUCGCCUGAGCGGAGCCAGCAUCCCCAAAGCUAAAGCUCACAAGACUUUUCGUUGUCCGUCAAAUUCCGAUACGUUUACAGAGACAAUGGUGUAAGUCAAGUGAAGAUUGAUCUCGUUGAAUCAGGAUAUGGUGGGAUAACUUGUUACAUGCUCCACCAAGUUCCUUGUGGCCACUUCAACUGCUGCUGAGCUGGAGAGGACACUACUGGGAGGGAGUGGCCUCUUCCUCCCAUCGGGAUAAUGCACACAUCUCCAGUGCUAAUCUCUGCAGCCACCAUGAGCAACAUGACUGUGCUCGACACUGCUGACCCCUAUGACCUGGACAUGACCUCAGACGGGACUAUCUACCCCAUCAGCUUCCAGGUUUCUCUGACAGGCUUCCUGCUGCUGGAGAUAGUUUUGGGCUUGAGCUCCAACCUCACUGUGCUCGUCCUCUACUGUAUGAAACAGAACCUCAUCAGCUCUGUCUCCAACAUCAUCACCAUGAACCUGCAUGUGGUGGAUGUGUUGGUGUGUGUAUGCUGCAUCCCGCUGACAGCAGUGGUGGUGUUACUUCCUUUGGAAGCGGACACUGCUAUGAUGUGCUGUUUCCAUGAGGCCUGUGUCUCCUUUGCAAGCGUAGCUACUGCUGCUAACGUCCUGGCCAUCACUGUAGACCGGUAUGACAUCUCAGUGCGGCCGGCGAACCGUGUGCUCACUAUGGGCCGAGCUGUGGCUCUACUGGGAUCCAUCUGGGCUCUAUCCUUCUUCAGUUUCCUGGUUCCCUUCAUGGAAGUAGGCUUCUUCAUCAACUCUGGUUCAGACCAUGUGAACCAGACUGCAGUGCUCACAGUGGUUCAUACAAAUGAGUAUUACACAGAGCUGGGGUUGUACUAUCACCUGUUAGCACAGAUCCCUAUAUUCUUUUUUACAGCUGUGGUAAUGCUAGUGACGUACUACAAGAUCCUUCAGGCACUUAAUAUUCGCAUUGGCACACGCUUUCAGCACAACCUACCUAAAAAGAAGCAAAAGCGCAAAAACACUAUCUCUAUGAGCACUGCGACGCAGGCAGAGUCGACUGACGCUUCACAGAGCAGCACGGGAGUCAGGGCAGGUGGGAAUGCACCCUUGGGCAUGCGGGCAUCAGUGUCAGUCAUUAUUGCGCUAAGACGAGCAGUAAAGCGUCACCGGGAGAGACGGGAGAGGCAGAAACGAGUCUUCAGGAUGUCUCUUCUCAUCAUCUCCACAUUCUUACUUUGCUGGACUCCAAUAACUGUGCUCAACACCAUCAUCCUCAGCACUGGGCCCAGUGAUUUAACGGUUCGCCUCCGCUUGGGCUUCCUGGUGAUGGCCUAUGGAACCACUAUCUUUCACCCGCUCCUCUACGCCUUCACUCGGCAGAAGUUCCAAAAGGUUUUGAAAAGCAAGAUGAAGAAGAGGGUAGUGUCUGUAGUAGAAGCUGACCCUACGCCUAACAAUGUGGUCAUCCAUAACUCGUGGAUAGACCCCAGGAGAAACAAGAAGGUCACUUUCGAGGACACGGAAGCCAGACAGAAAUGUCUAUGCUCGCAGGACGCCGAGUAGUGGGAUUAACUCAAAUGUAAAUAUGUCAAAUAUGUAAAGUAAAUGGGACUUGGUGAAAUUCCACUCAUAGUUAAGUAAGUAAAAACUGUGGUUUUAGAGGAACACAUGGAGUUUUGUUUAUGUAUAAUUAGCAUUUGGGGGAAAAACAUGGAAGAAAUACGACUAUGUUGGGAAAAUACACUACAAGUCUAAACAAGCUAAACACACGUGCUCAUUAACAAUGGAGUACAGUAAUCCUGGGCAGCUUACUAAAUGACUACUAAAUGGUGGCUUCAGAAAAGAUGUGUUCCCGGAGAUCAGAGGAAUAUAGAGAUAAAGGGGAGGAGUUUCCGUAAAAUAAAUAUCACACAUAAAUGAAACUACCAGCAGCUGGAUGUGGAUGAGUUCAAGGAUUGCAUUUACGGUUGAUUUUUUUUACUCGGUACAAAAAAUGUCUCAAAAUAGGUGUCAUAGACACACAAAGAGGCUAAUUUAUGCUAUUUAUUAAGGAAUGUCGUGGAGUGCCAUCAAGGACAAUUCAGUCAUAUCUCUGUAUCUAAGCAGCAGUGUGUGUGUUGUUCUCUAGCGUAAAAUGAGACAAAUGUUAAUGUACUGUGUCAUAAAAUACCUUGAUAUUGUUUAUCUCCAUUUGUAAUAAACAACCAAAGGCACAAUA